AUGGCCGACGCCGCCGUUGAGUUCCUACUGGUAAACCUAAAGCAGCUCCUCCUCUACAACGCGGGCCUAAUCGACGGGGUGAAGGACCAAGUGGAGUACCUUUACAACGACCUCAGCUUCUUCAAGGCCUUCCUCAAGGACUUCGCCGAGAGCCACCGGAGGCAGCAGAACCAGGUGCUGAAGGAGCUGGUCAAGCAGAUCCGUAACGUGGUCUUCGAGGCCGAGGAUGCCGUCGACGCGUUCGUGGCCCACAAGGCCGAGCACAGGGCCCGCAAGGCAUUCGAGAAGGCUCUGCACAUGUUCGACUACCCGGCCAAGCUCAGGCAGCUUGCCAGGGAAAUUAAGGGGAUUCGGGACAAGGUCAAGGAGAUCUACGACAACAAGCGCCACGGGCUCGGUGUCGGGGUUGGGGUCAACGAUGGACCCGACAAGGCCUCCAAGGUUAAAAAGCCUCCAAUCGUUGAGGAAGACAAUGUGGUCGGUUUCGAGGACGAAGCCAACAAAGUGAUCAAACUCCUCACCGAGGGUCCCGCCGAGCUCCAAGUCGUCUCGAUCAUCGGCAUGCCUGGCCUCGGCAAGACGACCCUCGCCAAGAUGAUAUACCGUGACCGUGAUAUCAGUUACGAGUUCUACAGCCGAGCGUGGGCCUACGUCUCUCAGGACUACAGCAGGAGGGAAGUCUUCCUCUCCAUCCUCACUGCCAUCUCCCGCGUCACGGACACCACGCACAAAAUGAACGACGAGCAGCUCGCGGCCGAGAUCCACCGCACGCUCGACCAGAAUAAGUACCUGGUUGUCCUGGACGACGUGUGGUCAGAGGAGGCCUGGAACGACCUCAAACCCGCCUUCCCGAGGAACAGCAGGGGCAGCCGGGUACUGAUCACGAGUCGCAUGAGAAAAGUCGCAAAGCAUGCCAACCCGAGCUCCGAGCCUCACAACCUCCGGUUCUUGACUUCCGACGAGAGCUGGCAGCUGCUCCGGAUGAAGGCUCUCGGGUCGGAGGAAUGCCCGGACGAGCUCGUGAGGGACGGGCGGCACAUUGCCGACGAGUGCAAGGGACUCCCGCUGGCGGUGGUGGUGAUUGGGGGUAUUUUGCUCGAAAAGGGAACUGAAUGGUGGGAGAGGGUGGCUAAGAGUGUGGAUGCCUUCAUUGCCAUGGACGAGCAGAAACGGGUGGACAGCUUCAUAGAUAUGAGUUACAACCACCUGCCUUACCACCUCAAAGCUUGCUUCCUCUACUUUGGGAUGUUUCCGGAAGAUUUUGAGAUCCCCGUGUGGAGGCUUUUACGCCUGUGGAUUGCUGAGGGUUUCGUGCAGGAGAACGAGGACAUGGUCCUGGAGGAUAUCGGGGAGGAAUACCUAGAGGAUCUCGUAAGUAGGAACCUGGUGAUGGUAGGACGAUUGAAACCCAACGGAAAAAUCAAGACGUGCCGCGUGCAUGAUGUGCUCCGUGACUUCUGCAAGAAGGAGGCAGGGGAGGAGAAGCUCUUCCAAGAGAUUAAGCGUUUCGAUUCCGGGCCAGCCCUCGACGUCCGCCACUGCCGCCGCGUAUCCAUUCAUUCACGCGUGCUCGACUACAUUUCGUCGGGGCCCGUGGGCCCGCACAUCCGCUCCUUCCUCUGCUUCUCCCCCGAGGAGACUGUUCUCCCCCCUGUGCAUGCGUCUUCCAUCCCCACGGCUUACAAGCUGCUCCGCGUUUUAGACGCUCGCUCGUUGAUCUUCCCCCGUUUCCCAACCGACCUCACCCAGCUGGUCCACCUCAGGCUUCUGGUCCUCUCGAUCAGCGCCAAGAUUUUGCCCUUGACCUUCUCGUCCCUCUGGAACCUCCAGACCCUCAUCGUUCACACUUCCUCCCGCACGCUCGAGGUGAAGUUCGACCUGUGGAAAAUGAUUCAGCUGAGGCAUGUGAAGACAAAUGCAUCCACGUCCCUCCCGGGCCCACUCUCAAAGUCAAGAAAGGGAAAAGACACGAUAAUGGUCGGGGGCCUGCAGACACUCUCCACAAUAUCACCCGACAGCUGCACGGACGACGUGUUUGCUCGGGCACCAAGCCUGAAGUCCCUCGGCAUCUGCGGCCAGCUGUCGAAGCUCCUGGAGACCAGAGGAGUCGGUGGGGCCACGCCGUUCGACAGCCUUGGGAAGCUCGGCCAUCUCGAGAGCCUUAAGCUCUCGAACGACGCGUUCCCUCGCCCGCCGUCCGAGGCGAGGCUGACGGGCCUGCCCGGGACGUACAAGUUCCCGCCCAAGCUGAGGAAGCUCACGCUUUCGGACACGCUGCUCGACUGGAAGGACAUGUCGACGAUCGGGAUGCUGGAGAAUCUCGUAACGCUGAAGCUCAAGGACAAUGCUUUCGAGGGGGAGACGUGGAGUGCCCAAGACGGGGGUUUUCGGGCACUGAGGUUCCUGCAGAUCGGACGGUUGAAUCUGGUGAGCUGGCAUGCGUCGGGAGUUCACUUCCCGAGGCUCAAGAGCCUGUACGUGAGGCACUGUGGGAGCCUGGCGGGGAUACCGUUGGGUUUGGCGGAUGUUUCGAGCCUGCAGACGAUCGACUUGUACUGCACGACUGCAUCGGCAGCUGCUUCGGCUAGGAGGAUUCAGGAGGUGAAGGGAAGUGGGGGAGGGAAUGGGUUUAGGCUGUCUAUUUUUCCUCCUGAGGAUUGA